AUGUCCAAAGAGAAUGAUUCACUCUUUUUCGAACGCACCCAAUCCAAUCUUCCAAAGAGAGGAACCUUUUACUUUACUUCUACACUCUCUCUCACUCUCUAUGUGAUCAUUCCAUCUCUUUUAUUAAUUGCCUCAAUUCUAUAUUUACAAGUUGCCUUUCCUGAUGAUUCACACCGUGUGAACUAUUUACAACAAGCCUUUGGUUCAAAAGCAAAUUCUUUAUUGACUCAUUAUUUGGGUAAAGUUGCAAAUAUGACUGCAAGUGACGAGCAAACAGCAUUGGAAAUGAAUGAAUCUCUGUCCAAGAAAUUGAACAGUAUUUUCACAUUUACUGAAUUGAAAUAUGGAUUAUUUGUGAGCGCAUUGGUUGGAUUGGUCAUCUAUAUGAGAGUAGUAGUCAUGACAAGAUUGAUCGUAUUCUCAUGGUUGAGAAGAUUGAUUUUUGGAGCAAAACCCGAUGAUGUUUAUUUACUUGAUUUUUUGACCUUGAAGAAGGAGAGAAAUCUGAACAAUGUCACUUCUCUCAUUGAUACUUUACAUGAUGUGACAAGUGUGAAAUCUAAUGAAAUUGAUCUAGUUUUAUUGGAUUUCCAAGAUGGUCUCUCAUUAACAAAUGAUGUGGUUCAUCAUUACUUGAAUUCAUCAUGGAAAUUGUCAUCCAAUCGAGUGAUUUCAUUGAAUGGAAUGGGAAUUGCAAGUAUAGAUUUGGCUCGUCAAUUAUUAUCUAAAAACUCAAGAGCUCUUAUUGUGUCGACGACCAUGAGCGCAAAGAAUGGAGCCACGACUGCUUGUUUCAUUUCAAAUAAUGCCAAAGAUAUCAAGAAGGCAAAAUAUGUGCUCGUGAAAUGUGAAUCGUCAUUCCCUACAAAUGAUUCUUCUAUCAUUGAUCGAAUUAAGAAGAAUGGACUAAAUGCCAACAAUUAUUCACAUGUUUGCUUUAAUUUUAAACAAGAGAGUGAUUUAAUCAAUGCACAAAAAGAAUUCAAAUUGAGUGAAUUUGCAGUCACCUCUAAUCAUGCAGCCAUUUCCAAGUUCAACACAAAUACCACCUCCUGGAAUGUAUUGGAAUUUAUUGAAAACAAAAAAGCAACAAAGAGGGAUGAAACAAUUCUUCAAGUCGAUUGUUCGGAUGAAUCAAGCAGAUGUACCAGUGUGGUAUGGAGAGUGGUGUAA